AUGCGCGCUUUCCAGCUGGCAGGCGUCAAAGCCAAGCCGUUUUUGGACCCCAAGUUCCGGAAGGUUUGCGAGGACACAGUGAAGGCGCGUGGCCUGCAGCCAGACCCAGGCUUCUUGGACAAGGUCGUGGACUUCCUGGACAUCUUGAAGGUCCGCCAUUGUUGCUUCAUCAUUGGACCCACUGGCGCGGGGAAGACCGAGAUCUGGCGAUCACUCGAAAUGGCGCUCAUUGCCAUUGGGGAGGAUUGCAAGUGGGAGCAGGUGAACCCCAAGGCCAUCACGGCCGACGAGCUUUAUGGAACCAUCGAGAAGGGCGAAUGGAAAGAUGGCGCGGUGUCAGUGAUCAUGCGCAACAUGAGCAAGGAAAUCAAUGGCUACAAGCCAAGCCACUUGCACAAGUGGGUGGUGCUGGAUGGUGAUAUUGAUGCGACCUGGAUUGAGUCGAUGAACACUGUCAUGGACGACAACAAGGUGCUGACGCUGGUCAGCAACGAGCGGAUUCCUUUCACUGCCACAAUGCGCAUGCUUCUGGAGAUCCAGGACAUGAAGCAUGCAAGCCCGGCGACGGUUUCCCGUGGCGGCGUGCUGUACAUCAACGAGAGCGACGUGGGCUGGAAGCCAUUCGUGGAAAGCUGGCGGGAGCAGAUGGACCCUGUAGCACAGAGCACAUUCUACAUGCUCUUCACGCAUCAGUUCGAGGCCAACAUUGAGCAGUUGCGGAGAAACUUUGCCUUCACGUGCCCCAUCUUGGACAUGGGUUUUGUGCAGACAGUGACCUGCCUGCUGGAUGCUCUUCUGAUGAUGGUCGUGGGAGGCAGGGCUAAGGACGUGUUCACACCGCGUACUUCCUUCUUUUUAAGGUUUUGUUCAUUUUUGCGACAGGAACAGAAGCUGGUCUACGAGUCCUUCUUCACCUUUGCUCUCAUGUGGACCUUGGGCGGUGCAGUGGCUGAUGACAAGUUCGUGAACCACCGGAGAGCCUUCAACGCCACCUUGAGGUCCAUGGCACGUGGUGUGAAGCUCCCUGAGCUGGGUGAGUGCUUCGACUUCCGCUUUGAUGUGGUGGCCAAGGACUGGGUUCACUGGGAAACCUGCGUGAAGAAGUAUGAGCCCGUCUCCGAAGUUCUGUACCAGAACAUCAUCAUCAGCAACGUGGAGCUCGAGCGCAUGAAGCAUUUGUUGGACCUGCAUGUCAAGCGGCAGAAGCCCAUGCUGCUUGUGGGUGUUGCAGGCACCGGCAAGACCACCAUUGUCAAAGACUACCUUGCCGAGGUGAAGGUGAACAGUGACAUGAAUUCGGCGUCAAUCAAUCUAAACAGCUACACCACAUCAGCGGCACUUCAAAACAUCGUUGUGGGUUGCCUGGAGAAGCGCUCGGGCCACACUUUUGGCCCGCCAGGGCAUCGCCGUUGCAUCCUCUUUGUGGAUGACCUGAACAUGCCCUAUGUGGACAGCUAUGACACGCAGAGUGCAAUAAUGCUCUUAACCCAGGUCCUGUCCUAUGGGCAAGUUUACGACCGUGAGCGACUUGAUGAGAAGAAGACCAUCGUGGACUUGCUUUUUGCUGCGUGCAUGAACCCCAAGGCCGGGAGCUUUAUGAUCAACGGCCGCCUGCAACGGCGCUUCACGGUUGCCACAACCUAUGCUCCCGGCAUCCAGGUCAUCUCAGGCAUCUACACCAAGGUGCUGGGAAGACACCUGGAAGCCUUUGGCCAGCAAACGCAGCGAACCACGGAGCCCAUCGUGAACGCCACGGCCGAGGUCCUUGCCUCCAUCCAGAACUCAGCCUCCUUCUUGCCAUCGGCAGAGAAGUUCCACUACCAGUUUAAUCUCAAGGACAUCUCCAACAUAUUUCAGGGCUUGCUGAGCACCAACAGCGCGGUUUUCCGAGACCCUGCCGGGCCAACUCGAUUCCUGCGGGUGUGGCUUCAUGAGUGCUACCGCGUUUUCUCAGAUCGCCUCGUCAUGGAAUCGGAUGCAAAGGAGUUGCAGAUGAUGAUCGAGAAGGCUGUGUCCAAGUGCUUCGUUGGGGUGGGGGCGGCCUCGAACCGAGAAGAGCUCUUUGCGCAGCCGCUCUGCUGCACCACUUUCGUCUCAGAGUCCUCCGGGGAGCGCCAGUACCUCCCGGCACAGAACCUGCAGCAGAUCCGAGCGGCGGUGGAGGCAAAGCUGGUGGCUUACAAUUUGGAGCACGCAACCAUGAACUUGGUACUCUUCGACGAUGCAGUGCAUCAUGUCUGCCGCAUCUGCCGCAUCACGCAGAAUCCCUGUGGCAGUGCGCUGCUGGUUGGCGUAGGCGGCUCUGGAAAGCAGUCAUUGGCCCGACUCGCGAGCUUCAUCAAUGGGCAGGAUGUCUUGAGUAUCCUGGUGAACCAGCAUUAUGGCUUACCUGAGCUGAAGCUGGAUCUGCAGGCCUUCUACAAGAAGGCGGCCGUGAAGCCCGCGACGCCUCAGGCACUUCUUAUCACGGAUUUGCUCCACGCUGUUGCAGUCUCACAUCUCCCGGAAGAGUUGACGUCUCACGAGGCCUUCCUGCUGACUGACAGCCAGAUCACGGAUGAGCGCUUUUUGGUCUUCAUCAACGACAUGCUGUCCAGUGCAAACAUUCCUGACCUCUUCGCUCGCGAGGAAUAUGAUAAUAUCUUCUCUGCCAUCCGGAAUGCGGCGAAGUUUGCUGGAUAUGCAGAUGAUCGAGAGUCCUUGUUCCAGUACUUCUUAGACAAAGUUCGGUCCAACUUGCACCUGAUUCUUUGCCACUCCCCGGUGGGAUCAACUUUUCGUGUUAGAGGUCGCAAAUUUCCCGCUCUCAUCAGCUGCAUGGUGCUGGACGUCUUUCAUGCUUGGCCCCGUGAUGCGCUGGUGGGCGUGGCAGAUCGUUUUCUAGUUGUUCUUGCUGAGCGGAACAUCCCCAAUGAGGAGACCCUGGCUUCCAUCGCUCACCACGCUGCCGAGGUCCACGUGUCGAUCUACGAGGCCAACCGGCGCUACCUCGAGGAGGAGCGCAGAUUCAACUCGACCACGCCCAAGGCCUUCCUGGAGCUCAUCAGCUUUUACGUGAGGAUGCUGAGCUCCAAGCAGGAAAACGUGCAGUUCAACGUCUCGCGGCUGGAGCGGGGUUUGGCGAUCAUGCACGAUGUGCAGGAGGGGGUGGCAGACUUGAAGCAGGACCUGGAGAUUACGCUGCGGCAGGUGGAUGAGAAGAAGAUCGCCACAGAGGAGUUGAUCAAGCAGGUGACCGCGGCCUCCCAGGUUGCAGCGGUGGAGAAGGAGGCGGCGCGACAGGAGCACGGCAAGUGCGAGGCUUUAGCCGCAGAGGCACAGCGCAUGAAGGAUCAGGCGGAUCAGGAGCUUGUGGAGGCACUGCCGGCCAUGGAGAAGGCCAGGGCGGCCGUCGACUGCCUUGAUAAGACCUCAAUCACUGAGCUGAAAGCCCUCGGCAAGCCGCCGAGAGAGUGUAUAGACGUGGUGGCUGCUUGUGGCUUCUUGCUGAAGCAGGAGAAGCGGAAGCUUGAUUGGAAGGGCUGCCAGAAGAUGAUGCAGUCUCCUCAACAGUUUAUUGACGAGGUGAAAGUCUUCAAUGCCGAAAGCAUCCCGGAGCAGGUCUUGGCUAACACUGACGCCCUGAUCGGCGCUGACUUCUUUAACUUCGAGUCCAUGAAAAGCAAGAGCCUUGCUGCCGCUUGCCAAGAAUUGGCACACCCCGCCCCUGCCACCUGA